UAUUUUUUAUUAUUUGUGGAACCUGUGUCUCACAACAGGCACGCAAACCUGUUACAAUAACCUUUUCAGCAUGGUAGAAGAAGACGACGAAGAGAUGAGACAGAUUACCUGUGAUAUCCAGCAGAAGGUCUUUGAUGAGGUGACCCACAAUUGCGUAAGCCACAGCGACCACGACCACAAUGGCAACAAAGACAUAAAAAACAGAUUUCGGGAGCUGUAUGAUGUCAUUUGAAGGAGACGGCUCUUCAUCAGAAACACUUCUGGAAAAUUGUGUUCACUCUUAUAUAUACAUUAAAUUCUGCGGGACCAGCAUGGACUUUCUCUUUGAAGGAGCAUCCGCCUCACAUUCCACCCACCACGAAGGACAUGAUCAGAACCAAAGAAUGGUGGAAGACACGAUAGUCAAUUUGAACAACGAAAACAUUGAAGAGAAUUCCAGCUUAAAUGACAUCAACAGAAGAACGCAGGAACUAGUGGAGAGGAUUCACACCCGCCGCAGCAAUAACCUGAAAGAAAUAGAAAGCUUCCAGAAGGUUCUCGUUGACAAGGUGACGGAAGUGUGCCAGCAAAUGAAGCAGAAACUGUACAAAGCAUAUGAAGAGAACAGCAGCGAGAUGGGGUUGAAACUGCAAGAGUUGACCGACGUGCUGGAAAUGUGCACCAAACUACACGGGGAGCUCUUGGAGGCUAGCCAUGUUUUAGGCGGCCUCCGUGAUGGCCUCGCUGUCAGCGGCGUGGCAGAACCGGUGACAGACUAGAUAAGAUUUAUAUUCACAGUACAAUUGUGGCACUGUUAAGUCUUCCACUGAGAGUUCAUCGAUUAGCCAUGGUGUUAUAGACUUGUAGUAAAACUUCAGAUUUGUUUUUAGGUCAAUGAGCACACUAUAAAAUUGUUUUUCCCACUUGUAGUUCCUAUUACAUGAAGAGUAUAGAGAUUGGUGCAAAAAUUAACAUUAAACCACACUGAGUAGGGCAGUUUUUAUUCGUGCUUUUCGAUGAAACAUCUCAGCCACCCUAAUUUUAGGCCAUUUACAUUUGUAAUGCAAGACAAAACAUAACCAAAUUUCUCUUGCUACAACCUUUUCAUGUAGCUGUCGAAAUCCUUUACAAUACAGGCAUUAUAAGAGGACAGUUAGAGUAUCUAACUUAGGCCCAAUGCAGUUUUUAGACUAGGUGAAACAUGGAGAAGAAUUAAUUUACAUUCGCAAGUCACUGUAGACUGAGACUAUUUCCCAGCUUGUUCCAAUGAGACGUGAGAUCAGCAUUUGCCAUGGAUAGCAUAAAUUGUAUUACACAUUGGAGCAGUGUAGUGUGAACUGCAGCUGGAGACAAAAACUUUGCCUGGUAACGCCAAUGUCAAUUAACAAGUUAUGGGAAAGAGAAGAUAUGCUGAUAAAAACGGAAAAAUCUAAGAUGUCAAAUAAUGACAGCCUCACAUUAGUCUAAAUGAUAACAAAAAUGUUUAGUGUCAAGUGAAUUUGAGAGGACUCAAUGUAUUGAUAAUAUCCACAAACUCAAAACAUCUGAGAAAGGUGGGAAUAAAGUGCUCUAGUUUCUGCAUCCAGUAAUCCCUUGCGUGUAUUCUCAUUCAACUUCUCAAAACUCUUUUAUUUUCCAACAGUAAAAGAUUGAAGUCCGGUAAUAGCUCUGCCCAGGAUCAAGGCGUGGAUGUCAUGGGUUCCUAAGAUGGACAAAUCACAAAUAAAUUACUUGUUAUGUCACAGAAUAAGCAAAGUAGUAAAAUAGACUGCUGACCUCUAGCGGCAGAUAAGUAUAACUUCGAUUAACGGACUGCACUUGGUGCCUUAGCAUUCUAUCUGUUGGGAAUUUAGUACCUUACACUGUUACAUGUUGGUGAACUAGUCUUGACAUGAUAAAACGUCUCAAUUUUUUUUAUAUACAUAAAAGCACCACAACACCAUCAACAUUGAUUUGUUCAACAUAGUCAUUCAAAGCUUGCUCUUGCUCCAUGAGAACUUAAUGGCCUGGACACAGCGGUGAACAAAUAUAUUUGUAAAAUAAAAUCACUAGUCAGAGAUGGAUCUCUGUCGUGAAAACUUUGAAAUGCUAAGAUUGGCUGGAUUAAAUGGCAUCUUUCUCCUCUAUUUAAUGUGGUAAAGGAUAAAAUUUGACUUUUUAUUUGCAAGUAAAAUAGAUUCCAGUUUGAUGAAUAAUGACAUUUUAUUUUCUUCUGAAGGUUUUACACAGAUGGUGCGUGUGUGAUGGACAGAAAGGGCAGGUCAAGUAAAUACUCUAUGUAAAAUGGCACAAUUUUUCAAAAGUGAAAAAGACUGAGUCGCAGCUUGUCAACACAUAGGAUUUUGUGCACGGAUUGUGCACUUCCAUUUGAUAGUGAUGAACAGUAUUUUUUCAUAAACGCGAUAAUAUUUUUUAGUAACGUCAGUCAUCAUAUAUUAGACACAACCUUUGCGUCAAAUGAAACUAGCAUUUCAAAAACAAAUGAUUGACCAUGAAAAAAUGUAACGUUGGCAAGCUACACAGGGGACCAUUGGGCAGAACUCAUCUUAAGGCCUUUGCUGUAUUUUUGGUGGCACAUAACAUUACGAGCACCCAAAGAGGCAAGUGCGCCAAAUUGCCAGAAAAACAUUUAUACUGCUAGGUUCAAAUAAAUGAACCAUACAUUUGAGGUAUAUUUUUGUAAUCAUUAAUUGACUAUUUGUCCCCCCUUUUGUUUAAUAAGUGACUUACCUUCAUAUGUGUUAACAGCCUCGAGGUUCAUGACAUGACGGAUGAUGUGGUACUCAUCGGCAAUUCCGUUCCCUCCCAGCAUGUCUCUGGCUUGUCUUGCGAUAUCUAAAGCUUUGCCACAGCUAUUCCUUUUCAGCAUAGAAAUCAUUUCUGGAGCUGCUCUAUUUGGAUGAAAACAUGAUUGGGAAAUACCUUUUAAAAGAGCCUGAACUAUGAUUAAAAUGAAAGAAUGAACUUACUUCUUCUCAUCAAUAAGUCUUCCGAGGGACAAACACGACUGCAGCCCAAGGGUUAUCUCUGUCAACAUGUCGGCCAUCUUCUUCUGCAUAAGCUGAUUCCUCGCCAGUGGCACCC